AUGAAAUUCAUAUUUGACAGAUUUUGUAUUGAUUUUGCUUUGAAAACAUAAUAUAGUAGGAGGUAAAUUGAGGAAUAUUGGUACUUGGUGCUACUAUACUAAUAUUGCUACUGAAAAAAAUUAAUUCAGACUUUUCACGACUCUAAGUAAAAUCGCAUUGUAUCGUUAUUCGUAACUAUGAAGAGUUAAGAGUAAAGUGCCAUAAAUUCAAUAUUGUCGAAGGAAAGCAUUGAUUUACGAUGAAAAUGGAGUUUGUUUCAAGAUUAUUAAAAAGCAUAAAUCGGUGCUUAGUGCCAAAAUUAGCAAAAAAUUAUGAUGAAAGUAUCGUACAUCCUGAGUUUGAACUACGAAAUAAAAACAUGGAUAAAAAUUUUCAACUGUUUGUUGAGAGCUUAGGAGAUAUAACAAAAGCGGACUUUGAAAAAAAUCCUGCAACAGUCGCGAAUAUGGUCAAUUUAUAUAAAGAAUUAAGCUGUGACUGCCCAUGGAACAAAUCUAAGGCCAAAGAUGUUGCUAAACAUUUGGAUACAUAUUUUCAAGUUAUUACGACCGUACAUUUAGAUGCCGUAUUUCGAAAGAAUGAUGUGUUUAAUUCCCAAAUCGUUUUUGAUAAAUAUUUAGAGGACCUUCAUUCCAAACUAACUUACGAAACUUUUAAGAUGUAUCCUGCACAAAUUGAGGUCUAUAUUUCAAUUAUAGUGGAUUUACAGGAGUACAAUGUUGAUUUGGUACCUUCAAAAAUAUUUCCAAUUACUCUCCUUCUCAUUGAAGACUAUACAAUUACUAAUAAAAAGAAAGGUCUCCAGUCCUGUUCAGUUUUAUUACAGUCCCUGAAAGCAAAGGAUUUUGAAAAUGGUAACUAUUAUGAAGUGAUUUACAGAAGUCUGAAAAAGAACCUUGUGGAAAGAGACAUGGAUAUAGUUAAAUUAACACACACCUGUCUAUUGGCUCUUCUAAAAAUUUUGCCUGCCAGUGGAAAGAGAGAAAUCUUAGAUGAGUUAUACACAACCACUCUGGAUCAACUAAUGACCGACUCCAAUUUGUACAAAAAGGCUGCAUUGUUAAAUUUUGCCACUACAAUCAUACAAUGGCACAAGGACAACUGUGCUAAUAUAAAGAUAUUUAAACAAAUUGUAUGUGACAAUCUGGAUAUAUGCACUAAUGAUGCUGUGUCAGGAAUCAUUUUAAGCCCACUUUUGAAGUGUUUGGAGAAAUGGAUAACAUUCUGCUGGCCUGUUUGGAAGUUUAAUGCAGAUCAUAAAAUGUUAUCCUCACUUUUCAAAGUUUUAUACAUAUGUAAAGAAGAUCAUUUAGUGAAACAAACCCACAAAUUAAUAGUUACACUGAUUUGUCUGUGUAAUAAUUCAGAACAAAAACUAAUUGUAUCCAACCUUGACAAAGAAAGAGAUGUAGAUUGUAAUGUUUUUAGAGAGAAAAUAAAAAAUAUAAAAGCUGAUCUCAAAAUAUAAAAUAUCUGUUUUAUUUGCAAAUAAAAUGGA